GACAUUCAUUACCAAAUUACUUCACAUGGCUGAUGAGAAAGGGAUGAAAUUUUCUGAGCCAGUUGCUGCAUUUGGUGUAUGGAAACCCUGUCCUGAGCAAGAUUUUACAAGGCUUAAGCAGGAAUACUCAAACCUACAAUUGGUAUUAGUUAUCUUAGGAAGAGGAGGUGAUCUUUAUGCUCAUAUCAAGAGGACAGGGGACACUGAAGUUGGUAUAUUGAGCCAGUGUGUUCAAGCAACAAAUGUGACUGCAAUUAAACCACAGACACUUGGAAACAUUCUCCUGAAGAUCAAUGCAAAGAUGGGUGGUAUUAACAAUGUUCUUUCAAGAACUGGAAUGCCUAUGAUAUUAGAAAGACCUGUUAUGAUUAUGGGUGCAGAUGUAAAUCAUCCAUCAGCUGGAGAUGGAGAAUCCCCGUCCAUGGCUGCAGUUGUUGCCUCAUAUGAUAGGUUUGCCUCCAAAUUUUCUGUAGAAGUGAGACCUCAGCCACAUCGUGUGGAAAUAAUUCAAGAUCUAAAGGAAAUGACCAAAAACUUGUUAAGGUCAUUCUUCAUUUACACAAAAGGACAUAAGCCCGAAAGAAUUGUUAUGUAUCGUGAUGGAGUUAGUGAGUCUCAGUUUCAAGAAGUAUUGUCAUAUGAGCUGAAAGCUAUGCGAACAGCUUGUACUGAAACAGAAGUUGACUACACACCUGGCAUCACUUUCUUAGUGGUUCAAAAGCGGCAUCAUACAAGAUUGUUCUGUGAGGACAGAGAUGGUGUUGGUAAGUGUAAGAAUGUUCCACCUGGUACUGUUGUGGAUUCUGGGAUCACACAUCCAAGUGAGCGAGAUUUCUAUCUCUGCUCUCAUCAAGGUAUUCAAGGUACCAGCAAACCAACUCAUUACCAUAUUCUGUGGGAUGACAAUGAUAUGACAAUGGAUGAUAUACAGAUGCUAACCUACAGUUUAUGCCAUCUGUACUUUCGUUGUACAAGAUCUGUCUCCCUUCCAAGCCCUGCGUACUAUGCUCAUUUGGCUGCUUUCAGGGCAAAAGUACACAUCUCAGAAUUGUCUGAAAGGGAUGGAGAUGGUAUGACUCAGGAAGAAAUUAAGUGUGUUGCUACAGUUGAACAGAAAAAUGCACUCUCAAGCAAGUUAUAUUAUGUGUAGUAAAUCAAAUGGUGUGUACUAGAAUUUAUUUUCCAUGUAGACUGGCAUAUAAGAGGUUUCUGAAUUGUUGGGAGGAUUUAUUUUUAGGUGACUGUUCCUAUAAUUAAUCUUUCAUGUGGUGCAUCUAUGCAUAUACAAGAUAGGAAUUAUAUCUUGCUGUCUUUAGGAAGAUAAAUGUUGUACUCGGUGAAAAGGUGUACCUGUAGUAUAAGGUACAAAAUGCAUCUGAGGAUACAGGUUCUUUUGUGCAGUAAUCACAAAAAUAGUUGUCUGUAUUAAAUCUUAGAAUUGUGUAAUUGCAGUUGAAAGGGUUUCAUUUUUUUUAUACCAUGCCAAGAGGAUAGUUGUCUUAGGAAUACUGUACUGCAUAGUAUAUUUCUUAUUUGGAGUUAAGCUUACUGUAGAUUUAGAGGAAAAUGUAUUGGUUCUUUUGCAUGUUGACAAUUUAAGUUUCAUGUUAUAUUUAGUGAGUGGACAAAGCUUUAUGUAACUAUGCUGAUGUUCAUAAUAUUUCAGAAGAUUUAAGAGAAAUUUAAAAAAAUGCACUGGAGACCAUUUUUGUGUCAGUUUAUAGCAGGAUUGCAUUUAAAUGCCAGUUUACUAUGGUUUUUCUUUUAAUAUUUAUUGGGAAGAUAUGGAAAUAUGAUAAAUAACAAUGUUUCUAAAAAU